GCUGGGCUCUCUUGGCAGUCACCAUGAGGGCGCUGCUCCUGCUCUGCUGCUGCCUGGCCUCGCUGCUGCUUUCAGGACAAGCAGAACUGCAAGUCUCUGCUUCGGGUGGCACAGAAGAUGUUGGCAAUUUGUUGGAGAAUCAUUUCUCUGCUGGAGAUGCAAGUCUAGAGGAGAAAGAAAGGGCGCUUUAUGCAGAUGCGGCCCCUGGAGACAAGAACCUGCUCCUUCACUACCCAGACGGCAGGGAGGCUGAGAGCUUGGAGCAGACCCCAGCAGGGGUCCCUUCCACUACCAACGGCCAGGGCUCCGAAUCUGAAGCUAGCCUGUCCAAUACCUCAGCUGCAGAGUCAGCUCCAUCUGGGGAUGCUGAAGGGCCUGGGGAGGAAGAGAAGGGCCCAGCAGCAGGCACCCUUUCUCCAGGAGGGGUCGAGGGGCCAGAAGAAGAGAGGCCAGAGUUCAGUUCUGGAGGGGAACCAGGACAGGAGGAGGUUGGGCUGGGGCUCCCCACAGAGGGGGCUGCCAGCAUGGGGGCAGAAGUGCAAGAAGGAAGUAGUGAGGUCCCUGAGGAAUUCCAGGGGAGUGUAGGAGAUAGCCCCAUGACAGAAGCGGCAGCAGGGACAAGAGAGCCUGCAGCCACCCAGGUCCCUCCUAGCACAGAGGGCGAAGAGGUCUAUACAGCGGAGGCAGAAGGGGAGGGCGACACAGGGCCUGGCCGCCAAUCCGCAGAGCUAGAUGGAGUUCAGGAUGCCACAUCUGCUGGAGAUGAAUCAGAGGCUGACACAGCUGCAGAAGCCAAGGAGCGGGCAGAGGACCAGCCCCAGGGCCAAGCCCUGCAGCCGGAAGACGAAGCCAUCUCAGGGCCUGAUCACCGGCCCCCUGACCUCGAUGCAGUCUCUGACAACAGGUCUUCUGGAGUAGAGGCAGACGCUGCAGAGCGAGCAGCUGAGCAGAGCCAAGUCCAUUCCUCUCAAAAAGAAGUCGAGGCUAGCCCAGGGUCUGGUCAUCAGCCUACAGAGCUAGUUACAGCCCCAGAUGCCACAUCUGCUGGAGGAGAACCAAAGGCUGAGGUGGAUACAGAAACUGGGGAGAAGGCUGAGGACCAAGGGGAACCUAGACCUAGUCAGGAGGCCAAUGAGAAGUCUGGGGACACCCAGAGUUCCAAGGACAGGGAGACAGAGAACGACCCUCCCGAGGGCCAGGUGUCGGGGAUGCCUGAGGAGGGCCCGGCUGAGGCCUCCUCUGAGGAAGAGGGUGGUGAAGGAAGCGGAAGUGAAGAAGGUGGAGCUCCGUCUAGAGAGGAGUCUGAAGAAGGCAGUGGUGAUGGCGCUAGCUCAGAAGAAGAGCGGGACGCCCCUGGGGAGGCUGGAGAGGCCCAGAGAGCAGCAGGAACCACGGAACACGAGGUGGAAGGCACCCAGCUUGAUGUGGAAGACCUGGAGGGUGGCAAGACCCAGGAUACAGAGGCGGAGGCAUCCAAAGAGAGACAGCAGGGCAGAGAGAAUCCUGUAAUUGCUCAUCAGGAAGAGACUGAGGAUGUGAGUGAAGAGGCCCCCAUGAGGGACCGCUCCCACAUUGACAAAACCCUGAUGCUGAAUGAGGACAAGCCAUCGGACGAUUACACAGCGGUACUACAGCGGCUGCGGAAGAUCUAUCAUACAUCCAUCAAGCCCCUGGAGCAAUCUUACAAGUACAAUGAGCUGCGACAGCAUGAGAUCACAGAUGGGGAGAUUACUUCCAAGCCAAUGGUGCUGUUCCUGGGACCGUGGAGCGUCGGCAAAUCCACCAUGAUAAACUACCUCCUCGGGCUAGAAGACACUCGCUACCAGCUUUACACAGGUGCUGAACCCACCACUUCCGAGUUCACUGUCCUUAUGCAUGGGCCCAAGCUGAAAACCAUUGAGGGCAUCGUCAUGGCUGCUGACAGUGCCCGAUCCUUCUCACCACUGGAAAAGUUUGGCCAGAAUUUUCUGGAGAAGCUGAUCGGCAUCGAGGUUCCCCACAAACUUCUAGAACGAGUCACUUUUGUAGACACGCCAGGCAUCAUUGAGAACCGCAAACAACAGGAAAGAGGCUACCCCUUCAACGACGUGUGCCAAUGGUUCAUCGACAGAGCUGACCUCAUCUUUGUUGUUUUUGAUCCCACCAAGUUGGAUGUGGGUCUGGAGCUGGAGACGCUCUUCCGCCAGCUGAAGGGACGGGAGUCUCAGAUAAGGAUCAUUCUGAACAAGGCUGACAACCUGGCCACGCAAAUGCUCAUGCGGGUAUACGGAGCUCUCUUCUGGAGCUUGGCCCCUCUUAUCAAUGUCACAGAGCCUCCACGGGUUUAUGUCAGCUCCUUCUGGCCACAGGACUAUAAGCCUGACACCCACCGGGAACUGUUCCUCAAAGAAGAGAUCUCUCUCCUGGAAGACCUGAACCAGGUGAUUGAGAACAGGUUAGAGAACAAGAUCGCUUUUAUCCGCCAGCAUGCCAUCCGUGUCCGAAUCCACGCCCUCUUAGUUGACCGCUAUCUGCAGACUUACAAGGACAAAAUGACCUUCUUCAGCGAUGGGGAACUGGUUUUUAAGGACAUUGUGGAAGAUCCUGAUAAAUUCUACAUUUUCAAGACCAUCCUGGCAAAGACCAAUGUCAGCAAGUUUGACCUUCCCAACCGUGAGGCCUACAAGGACUUCUUUGGCAUCAACCCCAUUUCCAAUUUCAAACUCCUCUCUCAGCAGUGCUCUUACAUGGGGGGUUGCUUCCUGGAGAAGAUUGAACGGGCCAUCACCCAGGAGCUCCCCAGUCUUCUGGGUAGCCUUGGGCUUGGGAAGAAUCCAGGUGCUCCUAAUUGUGACAAAACAGGCUGUGGUGAGACCCCAAAGAAUCGCUACAAGAAGCAUUAGUUUGUGUGUAGCCAUUCUCGGGUCCCCACUGGCGAAUGAGCUUAUGUCCUAACUGUCUGAGAAGUCCUGGUUUAUUAACCCUUUGAGCCAUACUGGUGACAAUCAGUCUGCAUUGGAGAUUAGGGAGUUCAUUGAGGCCGGUGAACCAGGGAAGGAACAAGGGUUCUAGGGAGGAGAGUGGAAACUGUGAAUUAUAGUGUGCUUGUCUUAUUGCUUCGUUCAAAGGCCUGACACUGGCAAGUCAGGCUUCCCUUGUUUUCCUGGGUCUUGUCUUGGAGGGACAGAGAGCAGCUAACUUCUAAUGACUACUCAGAUAAUGAGGGUCAAAUAAGCCGACCUCAGUAAAUUCCCAAGUACUAGAGGGCUUUGAGGUCAGUGAGCGUCAACUCUUUUCACACAAAUCUUCUGUCCGUUCCCUCUGCCUCUCUGGCUCCCUCCUAUGCUUGGGUUGGCUUUCAUCAGUGGACAGUCUCUUGAGUCUGAUCUUCAUGAAUUCUGAGCCCAACCUUGGAAUCUUCUCCAUCUUCCCAACAGGUAGGGCAUCCAGAACACUAAAACAAGAGUUUUCUGAUUAGGAUGCUGAUCUGCUACCCCAAGUAUCAUUUCAUUGAUGUCUCAGUUGGAGAGCUCAGACACUUAGUUGGCCCCAAAAGGAGGGUGAGUGGGUGAUGUACUCAAGAAGUACUUUUCCUCCUGAAAAUGGCUUACAUGAAAGUACUGGAAGGGCUCAGGGGUUAAUUGGUUUGCAGUGUGUCUUUGUCUGUUGCAUGUCUUGGAAAACCCAGAUCACAAAGGUGUUGAUUUCAGAAAGGACAAUGGGGACCUUGUUCCUGGUCCUUGGAGGCUUCUUCGGAAGCCACUUCUCCCAAGUUUCAGGGGAAACUGUUUCUACAACUUCUUUGUGGGAACCCUUGACAGAUGACAUGUCUCUCUUGGUUCCCAGGACUGUGGCUUCUCCUUCUCCUUCUUCUCCAUUCCCUGAUGCACCAAUACUUCCAUCUGAGAGAAAUUCCCUAGACUUAGAAGCAGCCCCAGCCCCUUGGCAUUGGUGGCACACAAGGUCUGAGGUUCAGGUUCCUUCUGAACUUCUGCAGAUAUCCACUGAAUGCAGUCAGGAGAGCCAGGACCUUCACACACCAGUGAGUGUGCAUUUGUGUGUCCACUGUACAAGAGGGAGUAGGGCAAUGAAAGACUUGAGGGCACAGAGAAAGGACUCCUCAGAGUCUUGCAUGGCAGACAUACACUGCCACCUUGGAGCACAUGGGAGCAAGAAGCCCUGGGAGGAUGAAGAGCAGGCAAGGUGAAGGUCAGGCUCUCUUGAGGACCCUUUGAGCAAAGCCAACUGCUUUUCUUUGGGAGCAAGCUGUCCUGAGGACCUUGAUUGUGAGGCAUGAGUUGGGAUCCACCAGUACCUGUGAGUCAUGUGGAGCGGAAGGAAAGUGGGGAAGGAAGGAAGGAAGGCUGAGCCAGAGUUGUUCCUUCUGAGGAUCAUGUCGGGAGGAUAAGCAGAUUGGUCAUCAGUGGGGGCUAUAUGAAGAACUUCAGGUUAGGAGUUCAUGUCUCUCUGAUACUUAGCUGUUUGGCUAUAAGGGAAGCUGCUGCUUUGGCUCUCUGUAGGGCCCAGGACCUCCCACAAGUCAAAUGCUCCAAAGCUGCCAAGACACUGUUUCCAAGGAGUGAGUUCCUUUCAUAGGGUCACCCACUCAGGUAGAUGAGCUGCAGUCUGUCUUGGAUUUUUUUCUCAUUAAAAUACACAUCCAACCCUCAAACUCCUCACCUCUCCGUCACUUGCUCUCUGGAGAGACUGUCCCUCUACCUUCCUCUUUCAUGCUCCUCACGCCUGAGGGCUUGGUGUAGCAAAUCUGGUUUUUCUCAGUGCAGUCAGAGAGAGGGGGAGCAACGUGGACCGUAUGGACCCUGUCCUAGCUGUCAGUGCCUGCAUGCUUGGGGAAGCAGGUGAAAUAAGGCAAGCAAAUUCAUACAGUAUUUGUAUUUGGGGGAGGGCACCUUAUCGGCAUUACCUUCCAUUUGGAUUUUCCUCCAUCUUUUUCUCCUUUAUCUCCAUUCUGUUCCUCUUCUCACCCCCUAAUUCACUUUCCUCUCCUGCCCAUGGGCUGCUGAUGGGCCAGCACAGAGUUUAGCACCCGUUCUUUGCCCAGCUCUGCAGAGAUGGGUUCUGAGUAGGGUUCUGACUCUAGGAGGAGGGAGUUUCAAUCCAGGAGAAGCAUGAGAUCCAGGGAUUUCCCGAGUGGAAUUCCAUGUAGGUGCCUGAACAGCGGCCAACCUUUCCAGUGUUCUUUCCACUCUGGUUUUGUCAGGGAGAACGUCUCAAUAAAGUUCCAAUCUCUCUUCAA